AUGUUCAGCCUCCCUCCACCCCCGUCCCGCUAUCGGACGCACCACCCGGUCAGUCCUGCCGUUGGCACCACCGGGCUUUCCAGUGGACGUGGCGCCCUCAGGCCGGGCAAAGUUGAGCCUGUGCUCCAGCUGACCGACUGGUUCAGCUUUUCCAUCAGCCUGGUGGAGCCGGUGCAUCUUCCCCGGAGGGGCGGUUGCCAUGGAGCUGAACCAGCAGCCCCCAAUCGGGGAAAUUACCCCCCACUUCAUCGAAAACCUUCCGAGGCCAGGAUGGCACCGAGUGGCAGCGAAUACCCCAGAGCGGCCCGGCCGAGCCAGGAUUCCCCAGCUGAGAAUGAAGUCGCUCGGAGCCCCGGAGGGAUCAAGCGAGCCCACGCGGGCCCAACUGCCGGCACCAGAGACCCCGCUGCGCUUCCCCACCAGAGCCCCUCUGCCCAGGGGGCAGGACCAGGAGCGUCCUCCAUGGCUCUCUCCCACGCAGAGCCCCCCGCCUCUCUUCCUGCUGUGCCACCCAGGGAGGAGAGUGGCGGGCCCGGGUACCCCGCGGUGGGGGCAGAGAGGCAGGCGGCUCCCUACGGCCAGGCCGUGGCUCAGCCUGCUGCCCCUGCGGCCCCCCGGCCCCCUCCUCCGGACGAUGACGAGGAAGAGGAAGCCAACAGCUACGACUCCGACGAGACGACCACCCUGGGGUCCUUGGACUUCAGCCUCCUCUACGACCAGGAGAAAAGCUCCUUGCAAUGCACCAUCAUCAAGGCCAAGGGCUUGAAGCCAAUGGAUUCCAACGGACUGGCGGAUCCCUACGUCAAGCUGCACCUGCUGCCGGGGGCCAGUAAGUCCAACAAACUCAGGACCAAGACGCUGAGGAACACCCGGAACCCCGUGUGGAAUGAGACCCUGGUCUACCACGGCAUCACGGAUGAGGAUAUGCAGCGGAAGACCUUAAGGAUCUCCGUGUGUGACGAGGACAAGUUCGGCCACAACGAGUUCAUCGGGGAGACGAGGGUGGCGCUCAAGAAGCUGAAGGUCAACCAGAAGAAGAACUUCAACAUCUGCCUGGAAAGAGUCGUCCCGAUGAAGCGGGCAGGGACCACGGGCUCCUCGCGGGGAAUGGCCUUGUACGAAGACGAGGUGAGACGUGGUUUGGCUUCCCGGCAGAACCCCAGGCGCAGAGAUUGGCCGCCUGCCGAAUUUUUCUACGAUAUUAAGCACAGCGACCUGGCCAAGAAGUCCCUGGAUAUCUCGGUCUGGGAUUACGACAUUGGGAAGUCCAACGAUUACAUUGGUGGUUGCCAGCUGGGCAUCACAGCCAAGGGCGAGCGCUUGAAACACUGGUACGAGUGCCUCAAGAACAAGGAUAAGAAGAUCGAACGCUGGCAUGCCCUCCAGAACGAGCACCACGUGGCCAGCGAUUAG